AUGGGCUUCAUUAGGAGAGAGAGAGAAGUGACUUUUUUCCAGUUGGUAGAAAAAGCAGGAGCAGAAGAUGAGCAGAAUAUCAUUGAUUUUAGUGUCACUUUUAGUCGCUUCGACGUCGGCUAGCCAUAUUUGCCUGCAAACUGCGUGUUCUUCUUUCAACGUCGAAUCCGAUAUCGUAAUUGUUGUGGACGCUUCGAAUGCUUACGAUCAGGUUACCUUUGAACAAAUCCGCACAUUCCUUCUGAACUUUGUUUCCUCGCUCACAGUAUCCCCAUUGGACAGUCAAGUUGCUCUGUACGCGUACGGAAGUUCGGCUCAAACGGUCGCCUCGUUGAACGAUGGAUCAUCGUUGGGAUCGAUUCAGGCGAAGAUCAACACGACGCUGAAGUAUCAGGGAUCGGCGGAGAGAAACUUGUUCCAGGCGUUGACCAAGGUGCAAGCUGAGGUCAGCUCGAUGUCCGGUAUGAGAAGUGGCGACUACAAGAAGGUCUUGGUGAUUCUUUCUGGAGAUUCAUGGACCGGAAACACUGUCAUCGGAAGUUCGGUGCUCACACAGCUCAAGCAAAAGUUCAACGUAAUCAUGUCCGUCGGAUUCGGAGCCAAGGCGCUUGCCAACUUGAACUCGCAGCUUCCACAGAUCACCACGGCGACCACAAACACAUUUUUCGCCGCCACUUCGGAUCAGCUCACUUAUGUCUCCGCUUGGAUGGCUGCACUGUGUUGCCCAGGUGUCCAAUUCUCGACCGUCUCGCCGGCUCCAACGACAGUGCCAACUCAAUCUCCAUCCGUUUCGUGUCCGUUGGCAUCGCUCACCUAUGACGUGUACCUGAUUGUUGACGUGUCCAAUAAGGCGUCGGCCGCCGACUUUGCCGCCAUGAAGACCGCCAUUCACAACUUUGUUGCUCCAUUUGCAAUUGGUGACUUGGGAACUUCCUUCGCACUGGUCACUACUGGAAUCGAUUCUCAGCUCUUCUUCACCAACUUCAAGAAUGGACAAUCUAGAGGAGACGUUCUCACCGCCGUCGACGGCCUUCUUCAAGACGACGUCCCCGGACAGACCCUGAAUCUGGCUCUCAGCGCAAUUCAAGGCUAUCUGGCUCAGCCCACGUCUGCAUCCAAAAAGAUUAUGGCCUAUUUCACUAGUACCACGGCCUGGGACGUCAGCCCAAUCUCCACAAUGAACUCGCUGAAAUCCAAAUACUCGCUGAGCCCGGUCGCAGUCCAAUGGGGCGCGUCUGCAUCCACAUCCGACUUGACCAACCUCGUCGGCGGUGCCAAUUGUGUCAAUGUUGUGUCAAACAAGGCGGCGAGCCCACAGUGGCUUCAGAAUAAGAUGUGCUCAAAGGUUUUCUGCUAAUUGUUUUAUUUUUGUAUUAUUUUUUAUUUUGAAAAAAAAGAGAAUAAACUAAUAUCGAUUUUU